AUGGCCCAACCAAACCCCUAUCUGUUGGCCUGCGACAACCCCUCGGCGCUUCUAGAGCUCCUGCGCACUAAUCCCUCGAUCGCAUCCUCCCAGGACGAGUCCGGCUACUCUCUUCUACACGCUGCCGCAUCCUACGGCCAUGCAGACCUCCUCCGUGCCCUUGUCAAAGACUACAACGUCGAUGUCAACCUCCUCGAUGAAGAUGGCGAGACCUGCCUAUUCGUGACCGAAUCCCCCCAGAUCGCCCGGUGUCUGGUGGAGGAGCUCGGGGUGGACUACAAAAGGAUGAACUUUGAGGGAUUCAAGGCCCAUGAGAAGAUGGAAUCUGAGGAAGAAUUCCCUCAGGUCAGUGCCUACCUGCGGGAAGUGAUCGGGGAGCCUCGUACCAGCUCAACGGAUUCCCCUGUCGGCCCGCUGAACGCUCCGCCGCCUAUCCCGGACAACAUGAAGGUCAAUAUCGGCACAAUGUCAGAGCAGGAGGCGAAUGCUGGGGAGGCGGAGGUUGAUCCUGAGUUCAAGCGUCGUAUCGACGAGUUGGCGGCUCGGGAAGAUUUCCACAGUGAGGCUACGCAAGCUCAGUUGCGGGAGCUGGUUAUGGACGCCAUUUCGGGUUCCAGCAUUGAGACUGCGGAUCGAGAGUCGCGCAGGAGGACUGAGUAA